CGAGCCGGAAGUCCCUGCUCCCACAGGGGGCGGGCAAACAAGAUGGCGGCGCCCAGCAGCCGGUGAGGAGAGAGGACACGGGGAUCCCGGGGAGCGGCCAGAAUCGUGCGUUAUGGCCGCAUCCCCGCACGCUUUCUCCUCAUGCCUCCUGACAGGUUGGGUAGGAGGAUGUGUCUGGUAUCUAGAAAGAAAAGCUGUGCAAGAAUCCCCUCACAAGUUUAUGCGCCUUUUCAGGAAUGUCAAUAAGCAGUGGAUUACAUUUCAGCACUUUAACUUCCUCAGACGCAUGUAUGUGACGCAGCUGAAUAGAAGCCUCAACCAGCAAGUAAAACCUAAGCCAGAACCAGUAGCAUCUCCUUUCCUUGAAAAAAUAUCGUCAGGUCAAGCCAAAGCAGAAAUAUAUGAGAUGAGAUCUCUUUCAACCCCCAGCCUGCCUUUGUCUAGAAACCCAAGUGAAAAGCAACUAAUAGAACUAGAGUCUGCCUCCAUCGUUGAAAGCCCAACAGAUGUGGGAAAAGAGGAAAAGCAGUGGAAAGAGAUGAAACUGCAUGUGGAUGAUUUGCCAGGGAUUUUGGCUCGCCUCUCCAAGAUCAAACUCACAGCUCUAGUUGUAAGCACCACUUCAGCUGGUUUUGCAUUGGCUCCAGGACCUUUUGACUGGCCCUGCUUCCUUCUCACUUCUCUUGGAACAGGUCUUUCAUCCUGUGCUGCCAACUCCAUUAAUCAGUUUUUUGAGGUGCCCUUUGACUCAAACAUGAAUAGAACAAAAAACAGACCUCUGGUUCGUGGACAGAUCAGCCCAUUGCUAGCUGUGUCCUUUGCCACUUGUUGUGCUGUUCCAGGAGUUGCUCUUCUGACCUGGGGGGUGAAUCCACUCACAGGAGCCCUGGCCGUCUUCAACAUUUUCCUGUAUACCUGCUGUUAUACACCCCUGAAGAGGAUCAGCAUUGCCAACACAUGGGUCGGAGCUGUUGUUGGGGCUAUCCCACCUGUCAUGGGCUGGACAGCAGCAACUGGCAGCCUCGAUGCUGGAGCCUUUCUUCUGGGAGGAAUCCUCUACUCCUGGCAGUUUCCUCAUUUCAACGCCCUGAGCUGGGGCCUCCGUGAAGACUACUCCCGAGGAGGGUACUGCAUGAUGUCCGUCACUCACCCAGGCCUGUGCAGGCGCGUGGCGCUGCGCCACUGCCUGGCCUUGACUGGACUGUCGGUGGCCGCCCCGGUCCUGGACAUCACUACGUGGACCUUCCCCUUCAUCUCCCUCCCCAUCAACCUGUACAUUGCCUACCUCGGCUUCCGGUUCUACGUGGACGCAGACCGAAAGAGCUCCCGGAAGCUGUUCUUCUGCAGCCUGUGGCACCUGCCCCUCCUCCUGCUGCUCAUGCUCACCUGUAAGCGGCGGCCAGGCAGGACAGGGGACAAGGGAGAUGCUCAGAGUUGAUAACGAGUGGGCAUUUGUGGAAGAAACAAAAGUACACAGAGAGACGCACAAUUCUCCUCUUGCUGUUAGGCAAGAGUAAGUCUGGAGCGAAGCAGGAGAAGAGAAGUCACUGGUUUUAGUACCAGCUUGUAAAGUGAUCUGGUGCUCAGUGAUCACUUAACAGUUUUUUAAUUAUAACAUCCAAAAAUGCCCUCCACAUAAGAAAUGGGUUGGCUCAAUUAAUAUAGAGAAAGAUUAUUUUUCUUUUUGAGGGUCUUUGUACCUCUUUUCCCCCAGCCUCACCACGGUUUCUUCUUCUCCCUCAGAGAUGGGGGCAUUUUCCUUUUCUAGCUCCUCCCACACACGCACAGACACUCCCCACCUGCUGGCCAGAGUGGCAGUUGGUGGCCAGAGGAGGUGGGCAUUCCUAACCUGACCUCUAUAAUAACGCAUCCUCAGGGCCCUGCAGGGGCACCUCAAAGGAAAUACCACUGUGGUCAUGGCGCUCCCUUCCCCGCGUAUGAGCCAAGGCCCCAUUCUAUUUUCUUUACCUCACGCAUACUUUCACCUGCAUAUGCCAUCAAAAAACCCACGGGAUAGGCUGCUGUACAUCAUCAGGAGGAAACUGCCCCUCCUCCCCACCACCACUACCAUCCUUACUUAUCAGAAACUUCAGGGAAUCAAAGGCAUCUUUAUAGUUUGCCAUCGGAAGCACUCCCUUUAGAAGGGUAGUGCUCCAUUUAAUUCCAGAAAUCCCUCUGGCUCUCACCCCAUGGCUGUACCUCCUUAGUCCCUGCUGGGGAUCACCAGCUCCUCUUUGCUGCACUGCGUUCUGAACGCUGUGUGAGAAAGUAAGGUGGGAAAAGGGUAAGCUGGGCUAAUGGCCCACAUAGCUCACAUUCUUUCCCUUUUUGUGGAACCACAUUUCCGUCCUGUACCUGUACCCGUACUGCAGAAAUUAGCCUUCACAUGUACAAUGGCUUUGAGAGCUGACGGGCUCCCAGAGGAGAUGGUUCCAAUCCUGGGAGUUUUGUGAGUUAACCUGUAGCCAGGUGUGGCCUCAGGUACUAACCACAGUCACCUGUAAAUCUUCUGUCCUUCAUUUGCUCCCCUGGUUCUCAUAGAUCCCCAGUUGCUCAAGGUCAUGGCCAUGGUGGGAAGUUUUAAUUACUCAGUCUCCCAGCACACUGUUGCCCUGUAGAAAUUCAUUCAAGGGGCUAAAGCAGAAUUUUAAAAGUCAUUACAAUAUGACUGUUCUCUUGGAAAUCACUAGGGCUGGGAAUGUAGCUCAGUGGUAGAGCACUUGCUUAGCAUCCACCAAGUUCAGGGUUCAAACCCUAACACUGCAAAAACAAAAGAGAAAAUGUCUAAAGUGAUUGCAAAUAGCAUCCAAUCCCUGUUUCUACUUAUCUGAAAUAUUACCUCUUGACUAUAUUCAGGUUAUUUGAGUAUGGGGAAGAUGGCAUAGGAAUGUGUGGAAAGAGCAUCUACAAUAAAACAGUACGCAAGAGCA